AUGGCUGAAGAAGAGGACGGUGCUGCGCCGACGGAGAAAAUCAUCCGGAUCCAGAGGGUGUUUAUUAACCUGCUGGACACCUACAGCAGCAGAAACAUCGGGAAGUUCCUGUCUAACUGCGUAGUGGGGGCUUCGCUUGAAGAAAUCACAGAGGAAGAGGAGGAGGAGGAGGAAAGCAAGUCGGCCAUCCUGGAGGCCUCGCUGGCCAAGCUGAAGGAAGGCACGUUCCAGAUCGUGGGCACGCUCUCCUCGCCUGAAAGCCCUCGGCCCAACUUCGCGGUGGAGACCUACUCUAUCUUCUCUCGAGAAGAACUCCUCCUGCGCCUGCUGGAGUGCGAUGUGAUCAUUUAUAACAUCACGGAGAGCACACAGCAAGUGGAGGAAGCCGUGUGGGCAGUCUCUGCACUGAAUGAAGAAAUCAUCCAUUUUGAAAAGCGGAAAGUAUUUAUUUUGGUAUCCACGGUGAUGACUUGGGCGCGAUCCAAGCCCCUGGACCCGGACGACUCCGAGGUGCCGUUCACCGAGGAGGAUUAUCGAAGAAGGAAGCACCACCCGAAUUUCCUGGACCACAUCAAUGCGGAGAAGAUGGUUCUCAAGUUCGGAAAAAAUGUCAAAAAGUUCGCCACCUACGUGGUUGCUGCCGGACUCCAGUACGGAGUGGAAGGAGGCCUCUUGCACGCUUUUUUUAAGCUAGCUUGGUUGGGUGAGCUUCCUGCGAUACCUGUGUUUGGAGACGGAACAAAUGUCAUUCCAACAAUUCACGUCCUUGACCUAGCAGGAGUGAUACAAAACAUAAUCGACCACGUGCCAAAGAUUCACUACCUGGUCGCUGUGGAUGAGUCUGUUCACACCCUGGAAGACAUAGUCAAGUGUAUCAGUAAGAGUACUGGCCCUGGGAAAAUCCAGAAAUUACCCAGAGAAAACGCCUUCCUCACCAAGGACUUAACACAAGAGUGCCUUGACCACUUACUGGUCCACUUGAGAAUGGAAGCUCUGUUCGUGAAGGAGAAUUUUAACAUCCGCUGGGUUGCCCAGGCAGGGAUUGUGGAAAAUAUCAAUGCUGUCCUCAGAGAGUACAAGCAGAGCAGAGGACUCCUGCCAAUCAAGAUCUGCAUUCUUGGUCCUCCCGCUGUGGGAAAGUCCAGUAUUGCUGAAGGGUUGUCCAAGUACUACAAACUGCAUCACAUUAAAAUAAAGGAUGUCAUUUCCGAAGCCAUAGCGAAGCUGGAGGCGAUUGUGGCACCUAAAGAAGGAGGAGAAGAAGAAGGUGAGGAGGAGGAGGAGGAGGAGAACGUGGAAGAUGCCCAGGAGCUCUUGGACGGCAUCAAGGAGAGCAUGGAGCAGAACGCGGGCCGACUAGAAGAUCAGUAUGUAAUUAGAUUUAUCAAAGAAAAGCUAAAAUCUAUGCCUUGCAGAAAUCAAGGUUACAUUUUGGAUGGAUUUCCAAAGACAUAUGAUCAAGCCAAAGACCUGUUCAGUCAGGAAGAUGAGGAAGAAGAGGAGGACGUCAGAGGCAAAUUGUUUCCCUUCGAUAAAUUAAUCACACCUGAGUUCGUGUGUGCGCUGGACGCCUCCGAUGAGUUUCUGAAGGAGCGCGUGAUGAACCUGCCCGAGAGCGUGGUGGCCGGGACCCACUACAGCCAGGACCGCUUCCUCCGUGCUCUGAGCAACUACCGGGACAUCAACACGGAGGACGAGACUGUCUUCAACUAUUUUGAUGAAAUUGAGAUCCACCCGAUUCACAUUGAUGUAGGAAAACUCGAAGAUGCUCAGAACCGACUUGCUAUCAAGCAGCUCAUCAAAGAGAUCGGGAAGCCCCGAAACUACGGCUUCACGGAAGAGGAGAAGGCCGAAGAGGAGCAGAGGGCAGCCGAGGAGCGCCUGGCCAGGGAGGCGGCCGAGGAGGCCGAGCGCGAGCGCCAGGAGGCGGUGGAGACAGCGCAGAAGAUAGCGCGCUGGGAGGAGUGGAAUAAGCGACUAGAGGAAGUGAAGAGAGAAGAAAGGGAAUUACUGGAGGCCCAGACCAUUCCUCUGAGGAACUACUUAAUGACCUACGUCAUGCCAACUCUCAUGCAGGGUCUGAAUGAGUGUUGCAAAGUCAGACCCGAUGACCCUGUUGAUUUUCUGGCAGAAUAUCUCUUCAAGAAUAAUCCUGAAACGCAGUAA